AAUAGCACCGGCGCGACAAAUUUAACAAUCGGUUAAUAUUCAAUUUGUUUGAAAUUCCUUAAUUAAUUUGUGGGAGUAUGUGCAAACUUGAAUAAGAUUACUAAUAGUGUAUAGCGAUGAGUUUAUUUCAAGGUACAGAAAGCAUUAAGGUAAAUACCAGUCUUGAUCGUGCUGCAGAACAAGAGGUUUUAGCAGAUCAAAUGCGUCACAAAGAAGAGUUGGGCAAUUUAUUACAAAAUGCUUUUGACGAUUUGGAGGAGGAUGAAACGACUGUUGAUUCAACUUCUAACUUUCAAUCCCAUCUGAACGAUGAACACUCUGCGCACUCAAAACAAGCACUUCCACUGGUGUCCAACAAUGACGGACAUCAUAUGCGCAUUCCACCAGCCAACUUCGAUGCAGAGGUACAUCAGUUAAAAAUGCUACUUGAGUCCCGUACACGAGAAACAGAGCACUUCAAACAUUUGGCUAAUGAGGAGCAAAAGAAACGUGAUGAAUUGCAAAAACGUUUGUGUAUCGCUGAGGCGGAAUUGGAUCGUGCAUUGGCAAAUAAAAAUAGUACACAUGAGUUAUUAGUGGAGUGUAAAGAAAAGUGUUCUAAUUUAGAAAAUAGUAUAUCUAAAUUACGUGAUGAAAAAAAAUCACUAGAAAAUGAAUACAAUAUAGUGCUGGGUAAGCUGGAAACGACUCAAAUGCUGCUAGCGGACGUGCAGCAAAAAUAUGAUAUGGUAGAGCGUGAUUUGGGUAGAAAUAGUCAACGGUAUGCCGAGCAGCAGAAAAAACAAAUGCUUGAGCGGCAUAGGGCUGAACUCGAUGUUAAACAACAGCAAAUGGAACAAAUCUGCUGUAAGUUGGAAAAGAAAACUAGUGAGUUAGAAAGUUUACAAGCACGUUAUCAAGCAUUGCAAAGUAGCCAUGAAAACAUGUUGGUGGAGAAGGCGUCCAAAAUGAAUGAUCUCAACAAUGCACUUAAUGAAGCGCAAAGGCGCUGUGAUGAGCUACGAGGACAGCAGAAUUAUCAGCAGGAAAAUGUACGUUUACAAAAGCUUAUAGCCAGUCUGCAAGAGCAAAUUAGAGGUAUGGAAAAAACUAUAGCCUCGCUUACUCAGCAUUUGGAGUUCACUACGGCUGAGUUGGAUGUUAUGGAUAGUGUGCUACAUCAGCAUAAUCAGGAGGAUACGCCACGACGUUUGAGUCAAACUCAAGGCAAAGUUGUAGGCAGCACACCGUUGACUACCACAGAUCGUUUGGGUAAUCUUAAAGACGAACUAUAUCGUGCGCUAUCAAAUAUAAAAGGAAAACGAGAGGAAAUACGGCGAAUGCAACAGAAUUUAGUUGAAAAAACUGAAGAAAUUCGCACACUGCGUGAAGAAGAAAAUAAGGCGCUAGUACAAAUCACAACACUUAAAGAAUCAAAUCUCCGUUUGGAAAAUCGCCUCAAAUUACUGGAACAAGAGAACGACGAGCUUUGUGCCAAAUCAUCAGCGAAGCAUAUUAAUACCAGCAAUAAUACUGACAUUGAAGCAUUGCAACAGCAAAUGAAAGCAGAAAAACAAAUGCUACAAGAGCAAUGUUCUCGACUAGAGGCGGAGUGUAAAAAUCAUGUUGUUGAGCGCAAAAAGUUAGAUGCGCAAUUACGUAAUGUUGAAGUUGACUUGGAAGAACUGAAGCAGGAGCAUGAGAGCAUGAGAGUUAACUAUGAACAAAUAGUGAAAGAAAAUCAAAAUCUGCGCAGCCGCACAACAGCGGAUAAUGUGCGGCUUGAAUUGGAGAAGCAUAAAUUUCUGCUAAAAGAUGCGCAGGCCGAAUGCGAUCGCUUAAAAAAUCUUUAUAUUGAAAUAUCUAACGCCAAAGAAGCUUUAGGAUAUGAAAUAGAAAAACUACGUAACACAGACAGCUUCAAGGAGUUGCAAGAGCAGCGCGAAAAAGUUGCCAACUUGCAACGAGCACUACAAUUAGCUGAAGUGAAAUCAUCAGAAUUGACGAAAAUACUUGAGGCAGAAAAAAUGUGUCAUGAACGCGAUGUGCAAGCUUUGAAGGAGCGUUGGGAGAAGGAGAAGUCCAAUACUGCCAAGAAAAAGAGAGCAGACAGCUCGAACAACUGCAGCAAAUGUAUUGACUACAUGGCGGAAAUAACUAAGUUCGAAAUACAAAAUCUUAAGUUGAGCAAUGUAAAUUCUAUCAAUAAGAAAGAAAUCGAUGAUCUUACACAACAAUUACAAGAAUCCAAAGCGAUUAUUGCGGAACUAAACGAAAAAUUAAAACUCAGCGAACAACAAGAAGCAUUAAUACGUGAACUUAAAAGCAAAGCGACACGUUUCGAAGAGUAUAUAAAGAGUCAAAGCAAUGCAUCGGAGCCCAAUGCUACGACUCCAUCGCCUUCUAGGCAAAUAUCUUGCAAUGAGAAAGAUAAUAAUAAUCCUCCUGUCAGUGAAGUUAAACAAAUUGAAGCACGCAUACGGGAUGAAAUGGCAAAAAUUUUUGCCGGAGAAAUUAAACGAUUACAAAUUAAGCUUCAUCAAACUGAAGAGAAAAAUCUAUGUUUGCAACGAGAAUAUCAGCAUGCCAUCAAUGACCUGCAACAGCGACAAACCGAGGUAGAGUUGCUUAAACAAGCAAUACUCGCUGAACGUGAACACGUGGAAGAGUUGUUGAAACAAAAGGAUGCCGAUGCACAAGAAAUGAUUGAAAAACAAACUGCUAUUUUACAUAAGUGUCGAGAUGAGUUAUUGGCCAAAAAUCAGCGUGUUGCGCAAUUGUCGAAAGAACUGGAAGAGCGGCAAGUUCAAAUCGAAGCAGAGCGGCAAUCAAUGAAGGCUGUGAUGGCGCAAUGGGAAAAUCAACGCAAAAAUGUGGAUGCAAUUGAGUCUGAGUGGAAAGAUAAACUGCAAUCGCUCGAACGUUCCCACGAAAAGGCUUUAGCAAGUUGGCAUAAGAAAUACAAUUCUGCUAAACAUACAGCGGCGAAUUAUAAGCGCUAUGCGGACGACAAGGAAGCACACAUGCUGCGCGAAUAUGAUCGACUCAAAUCAGAAUAUAAUGCUUCGCUGACAAAAAUUGAAAUGCGAAUGAAGGAGGCUCUGGAAAAGAGGAGUCGCGAGAUGAAAAACACCACUGCAGGUAUUGAAAAACGCCACGAAUUAGGUCAUGAUAAAGAGAAUAGAAAUAAUUGUUAACGUUUUUAAAUGUGAAUAGACGAUACGAAUAGCAUAUAUCGUAUUUUUAGUUUAAUUUUUAUUAAAUGUUAAAUAAUUAGUUUCUUUGUUUACGAUUCAUAAAAAAUUGACUGUAAUAUGAUUAGCUAGUUUUUUUUUUACCAAUAUAAAAAUUGCAUAGAAUUCUUGCAGCAUACCUAA